AGUCCAGAUGUUCAACACGCUGGCGUCGCUCGAUCACGCAGACGUUUUCGGCGAUGUGGCGUCGACGGCGCUGGACGAACUGAUUCGGAAUUCGGCCGCUGCCGCGGACAUAGCAGUGCACACAGCAAUCUGUCUGCAGCUUUACAACCGAUGGCUGGUGGUCUCAACAAUUCCCAAUUUAAUCAGUCGAGCAGCCUUGCCAACUCUCAAGAUGGGCCGAGUCGAGGCCGAAAGAAAAACUCGACUGUCAACCUGGUGUGUGUCGUUUGUGGCGAUCAGGCCUUCGGCAAGCACUAUGGCGUGAAUGCGUGCAACGGCUGCAAAGGAUUUUUUAGGAGAAGGUUUGUGUCGAAUUUUCUUCUUCGCUACAAUUCGUUUAUUACUCAAUUUUCCAAAGCAGGAAGAACAUCGAAAUGUCUGCCGUGCAUGUCGAUUAAAACAAUGCUUUGUGGCCGGAAUGAAUCCGAGAGCGGUACAAUCAGAACGAGAGCGGAGUGA